CAUCUUCUAUAACCACUUUACAUUUUUCCAUUCUACAAAAUUGAAACAAAGACAUCUUCUUUUGGUUUUAAGAACCGAGUAAAUUAGUGAAGAAAUAGUUGAAGAAAGAGGGUUUUUUCCCCUGUUUUUAUAGGUAAAAGAAAUGGAUGAAUCUUCUUCUUCUUCAGCUUGUCUGGUACGAUCCUUUUCUCAGCCUUCUCAAGAACGUACUGAGGGAGACCCUUUAUUGCGUGCAUUAUCAACAUCAGUAUCAUUUGGAAGAUUUAUGUCUGAAUCACUGGACUGGGAGAAGUGGUCCUCAUUUACUCAUAAUCGGUAUCUUGAGGAAGUUGGGAAGUAUGCAAAGCCUGGGUCAGUUGCUGAGAAGAAAGCUUACUUCGAGGCUCAACACAAAAAAGCAGCUGCUAAAAAAGCUGCAUUGUUGCUAGAGCAACAAAAUGCAGCAGUUGAUGAGUCAUCUGAUCUGAAUGUGACUAAUCAAAACAAUGAUCAUUCCACAGUGAUUACAGAGCCUAGCAGUUGUGUGGGUAUUGAAGAAACACAAAUAGAAGAGGGAGAGUUGAAUGUGACAGCUCAAAUUAUUGAUAUAGAAUCAGAGCUCACUGAGAAUGGCAGCUAUGAGGGCACUGAGGAAGCACUGGGAGAUCAGGAUCAUUUGAAUGUGACAAAUCCAAGUGUUGAUAAUUGCACAAUGCUCUUUCAGUUGCCAGAGAAUAGCAGCCAUAUGGGUAUUGAAGAAGUGCAGGGAAAUGAGGGGGAUAAUACAACAACAUGUGGCAGCUACCCUAUUCAUGAAGAAAUUAACUUGGAAACUACUGGAAUUGAAAACUCUAUCGAACAAUCUUAUCCAGUAGAGAAUGAACUCAAGUCACUGAAUCAGCCGGAAAAUGUUGUUGUUGAGGUAAGUGAGAAUGUAGCGCAACUGAAGGAGAAGAAACAAACAAAGAAUGCCGCUAUGGUGGGAGACACCGUGCUGUCAAUGAAGAAGAAACCAAAGAAACCAUUAACCUUAAAGACUAGAUUGACAACUAAGAAUGAAUCAUCAAAGUUCAAAUCUCAAGUCAAACCGGUGACAGCUCUGCAACCUAUAGUGACUGAUAAAUCUGCUCCAACUAGUAGAAACAACGGAAAAGUCAUGACUGACAAAAAGAAGUCAAAUCCAAAAUCUCGUCAGAUGUCAAUCAAGUUUUUUUCUCACAGAGAGGAAACAAAGAAACCAAUGUCUCCUAUUCUUGAGAAGAUAGUGAAUUCAAGAUUUGUAAGAUCCAUCACCAAAACAUCUAGAGACAGCAAAAUUCAACAGACUUCAACUCUGGCAUCGGUGAGUGGGAUAUCAAAGUGUCCUUCUGAAGCUCCUCAACGAGCAAAUAAAAGGGAUAGAACGAAGCUUGACCACCAAUCAUUGUGUAGAAGCAGGAAAGAAGAGGGUGAAUCGGUAUCACAAUCAAGAAAUCUCAAAUCAAUAAACAAGCAUGGAAAUGUAGCAUGUUCUUCCCCUACUGUAUUUUCUCCGUUCAGCUUAAGGAGUGAAGAAAGAGCAGCAAAGCGAAGAGAGUUCUUUCAGAAGCUAGAACAAAAACUGAACACAAAGGAGGCAGAAGAAGAGCAGCAACAAGCAAAACCAAAGGCAAACACCACCAGUAGUUCUAAAGUGCUUAUAUCAAGAGAUAAACCAAAUCCAAGAAUUCAUCAUGGACGAGAAUCAUCUAGUAAUCAAAUGAAGAAGGGAAAAGCCACCAGUAGUUCUAAAGUGCUUAUAUCAGGAGCUAAACCAGAUCCAAGCAUUCAUCAGGAAAGAGAAUCAUAUAGUUAUCAAAUGAAGAUGGAGAAAACCACUAGUAGUUCCAAAGUGCUUACAGCAAGAGCUAAACCAAAUACAAGCAUUCAUCAGGAAAGAGAAUUAUCAAGUAAUCAGAUGAAGAAGAGAGCUAAACCAAAUACAAGCAUUCAUCAGGAAAGAGAAUUAUCAAGUAAUCAGAUGAAGAAGAGAGCUAAACCAAAUACAAGCAUUCAUCAGGAAAGAGAAUUAUCAAGUAAUCAGAUGAAGAAGGAAAAAGCCACUACUAGUUCUAAAGUACUUACAACAAGAGCUAAACCAAAUGUGAUUCAUCAAUCAAUAGCUGAAUCAACAAGCAUUCAUCGUGAAAGAGAAUCAUCAAAUAUUGCGCUUAAUUAUCAAUCAAGAGAUGAAUUAAAUGCAAGCAUUCAUCGUGAAAGAGAAUCAUCAAAUAUUGCGCUGAAUCAUCAAUCAAGAGAUGAAUUAAAUGCAAGCAUUCAUUGUGAAAGAGAAUCAUUAAGUAAUCAAAUGAAGAAGAUGCCGCGACAACCUUGCUCACCUAAAUACAGUGGGAAGCCAGUGCCAGAAGUCCUAGACAUCAAACCUCGACAGCCUUGGAGGCUUUCAGGGAAGCCUGAGGGAACAAAAGAUGUUAAAAGGGAAUACAACCUUCCAAAUCAUUUCCCAGUGAAAGGUAGAUCAGACAAUCGCAAGUCAUUUAUCUGUGAGAGUAUGUUGGAAAAUGCUUCUCCAAAUAUCCAAGUUUAAGACAGACUGCUGCUGAGAUCCAUAAAGAGAGCAUUUUCCCAACAUUUAACGAAAUGCUGCUGCUUUUCAGUUUUGAAGUUUCAGGGGCCACAAAUGUGUGCAAUAUACAGGCUGUUAAGACAUUGCUUCAAAUGUCUAAUACAAUAGGGCGUCUAGUUUGUGUUUCUACUCGAGUGGUGAAAUUCUGAAUGUUUCCGUAUAUCAAUAUUUCCUAUUGACACAACAACGGAAUGUAUUAUAUGAACUUUUGGGUCUUGUCUGAAUUUGUAAACUUCAACGAUAUUCCUAUAUAUGCAACGAGUACAGAAUAAUAUUUCUCCCAAGAGUUUGUGACAGAACCAAACUCCAGCAGUUUCCUUUGAAAUCUUGUAAAGCAUCAUGGUAAGUCAUAUAUGCAAACAUUGAUUUUCUGGAGAGUUA